AUGCGCUACCAACUCUGUCCCUCAUCAUCGUCACCUGAAACAUCAGAGAGAACUGCGCUUAAGUCCUCGGCCGCCCGACCGCUCGAUGCGUUGUCACCGCCCUUCCUCCCCGAAGUAGAUGUUGGCAUCGCCGUUGACGCCCCCGCGUGCGAUGAUGCCGCCCUCGGUCAGGGCGUUUAUUCAGCCCAGCCAUCCUACUCACAGCGGCGGCGCAGACGAGGAGGUCAAAUCGACAUCGCCGUGAUCUUGGCGUGGGACGAUGAUACCGAUGGGCUCGUCCACCAUGCGAGCGGCCGGCGGCGUCGUCGACGGUGA